AUGUGCGUACAUUUGAGCACAGUUGGGCAGUUCUGGAUGGAGGCUGGAUCCGUUCGCGCCAUCGAGGUCAACUACUACGAACACGCAGGGAAAAUUGCAGCACAAUUGCCAUGGAUGCCACCUGGCUCUGAUGGCACCAUAACUAUUAUCCCAGAGGAGUAUAUGGUCCCAAGUAUGACUGCAGAGGUGCUGGUAACAACACACAAUACAAUAACUGUGAGCGGCAAGCCCGAAAUAGAGUACUUUGAGGCGCGCCUUUCUGAAAAGCCUACUGAAACCGUUUACGUCGAUAUCUUCAACCUGGCAGGAGGGUAUAUUUUUGGCGUUGACAAGUGUGUUUUGGUAUUCACGCCAGAGAAUUGGGAAACUCCACAGAGAGUACAUGUAGCACCUAUUCUGGAUUUAGUCUCUAACCGGGGGGUGGAGGGUACCAUGUGGAUCACAUUGGAGCCAAGAAACAAUGAUCAGUUCGCGCCAGGGGGUGUGGCGGUAAUUGACCCGUCCUCGAGUCCUAAAGGCGGCUCUGAACCAGGCAGAGUCCAAUGUAUGGGCUGGGGAGACCCACAUUACACAAUGUUCGAUGGGAACAGGUUCGAUUUGUACGCUCAGGGCCAGUUGUACGUUCAUUGGGUACACAUGGGCACGGAGGUACAAUUCAGCAUGAACCAGGGCACAUCCAAUGAUGAAAUUUGGGAUCCCACCGUGUACGUUGAUGUUCUAGCAGAUGGUGGGUCAGCCAUUGGUUUCAGACGGGAUUCUCCAGGGGUAGUGGUCUUCGAUCUCCCUAACGGCAUGAGUGUGAAGUGCACUACCGGCUUCUACCGUAAGGAACGAAAAGAUGGUAAUCACUGGAGGUAUCUCAACUUCUAUGUCGAAGCGCCUUCCACCAUGCAAGACAAGCUUCUAGGACUCUGCGGCUACUUCGACGGCGACGGCUCGGACGAGAACACGAAUGCGGCCGAACUAGCUGUGGAUUGGCUCGUUCCCGAAGACGAUUGGAUUACAUACGGUGGCAUGAAACCAGUAGCAAGCCCCACUCCGUCAACGGUACCUGUUGUACAGGGAAAAGAAGUCACCACUUCCAAUUACGUACCGCCGCCAAAUUCGGAUGUUACCAUGGACAACUUUUCCUUCGAGCCCGCUUGCAAUCCCCAGGUGGAGCCGCGCUCUCCCCUUCCGACGCCUAUUCCUGGGUCUGCACCGGUCACUCCGCUGAUGCCGCCAGCACUUGACAUGUGUAUGUACCGAUUGUGA